CACCUGCCGAUUUUUUCCUUUCGCAUAUAUUUGUCGUGAAAAUAAUAACUCGCUCAGGCUUAGAGCUGCACAUUUUGACAACAUUUUCAACGAAAUUGCAUCGCAGCUUUUAUAUUUCGUGCAGAAAUGUGUAAAAUGUUGAAUUUUGUUAAUUUUAUAAUCUGCGUAGCGACGUUCAGCCAAACAAUGGACCCCUGUGUGGCUAUUAAGCGCGGUCCGCAUCACCCGCGUAGCGAACAGUCGAAAACACGUAAAGUGGAUGAGCAUUUAACGCACGAAGAGCACCGCAUCGAUGAGGAUCUGAAGGAUAUGGGCAUAAAUGUCAAUUUAGAUAGCAUGUCCGAUGAGGAGAAGAAUUUCUACUACUUUAAGAUUCAUGACAGCGACAACAAUAACGCUCUGGAUGGACUGGAGAUGCUGCAAGCGGCCAUACAUCAAGAUGAACAUUUCAAAAAAGUCGAUCGAGAUAACUUCCUGCACAAUGCCACGGAAGAAUUGAAUCAUAUCAUAGAGGUUAUUGAUGAGUUCCUGCAAAUCGCGGAUGUUAAUAAGGAUGGCUUCCUGCACUAUGCGGAAUAUGUGAAAGCGGUUACUGGGGCGCCAGAGGCGCAAUAGAGCUGAGCAGUUGAAAGAAAAAUAGAGUCCGAAAACAGAGAGGAAAUGUUUGUGCAGUAAACUAUGAAAAAAAUAGUAAUWGUAAUUAUAGGAAAAUUAGCUCAAUUUGCAACCGAAUAAAAAUAUGUAAACAAUAAAUAGUCAAAAUAUAGAAAAUGAAGUAUAAGUAUAUAUAAGUAUUAUAUAUACAUUCACAUAUGUAAGCAUUAUGCUUUUUUUCAAGAAACCUUUUGCUAAAUUAUUAUACACAUAAGUAGUUA